AUGGAACAAUCAAUAUCAAGGACGUCAAAUUCGUCAAAUAUCACAUCCACAUCAACAACAUCAACAACAUCAACAAACACAACAAAUUCAAAUACAAGUUCUUCACCAUCUUCACCGUCUUUAAACAAUCAUAUAACUAAUACACCAGCAACAAAUAAAAAAAUUCAAAAAUUACACACGUUACAAAUUGAUACUAAGAAUUUGAUUCAACUAUGUAAUCAAUUCAUAAAAGAAAAUAAUCAUUUAGGAUUAUCAUUAAUUGCAAGACAGAAAGGUAUCCCACCACAAUUACGCCAUAAAGUUUGGCCAAUUUUAUUAAAAUAUCAUCCUUAUGUUAUAAAUCCAUAUUUAACUUCAAAUGUUGAUGAUGAUUCACAAAGUGAAAUUCCAGAAGGUAAAAUAAAACAUGAAUUAUUAAAAUAUUUUAGAAUAAGGAAUUCAAAAGAUCAAGAUUCUAAUAAUUCUGGUUCUUCAUCACCAGAUCAAACUACUUCUCCAUUAGAAGAGGAAAUUAUAAGAAUUUUAGAAUUUGCUAUUAUAAAAUUUUUUAAAAAAUGGGGGAAAAUUAUUAAAUAUGAUUCUGGUUUUACUUGGAUUGCUUUAGGUUUAGCUGAAUGGUUCCCACCAAUCCCCAAUUCUGAUUAUAUCUUGACAGGUCGUGAUUCCUUGAACAAAGAAGAUUCAAUAAAUAAACAUGUUACACAAUUAUCAAAUUUAUACCCAUCUUUCUUAAAUAAAGAUGAUUUUGAUUCAUUUUCAUUGGAUAAUGGGAAUCAUGAUUAUUUGACUAAUGAUUCAGCUAGUGAUAAAUCACAAGAAACUACAACAAGUUCCACAACAACUCAACAACAACAACAUACAACAACAAACAGUAUGACAUUUGCUGAAGUUUAUGAAAGAUUAGUACUUGUCCUAUUACAUUCUAAUGAAAAUGAUGAUGAAAUGGAUCAAGUUGUAAAUAGACCGGAUGAUCAAAUUGAAGAAAAUACAGUAGAUUUAAUUUCUUCAAAUAAAUUAAAUAUGAUGGAAUUAGUUUUCAAAAGUGGGAAUAUUGAAUCAAGAAUUUCAUUUUUCCUAUUGGCAUUUGCAAAAUUAUUACCUGAAUUAUAUAAAGGUUUUAGUGAAGAGGAAAUAUUAAAUUCAAAUUCAAAUAAAAAUAAUCAAUGGUUAACUUGGUGGUUAAAAUAUUGUGGGGCAAAAGUUCUAAAUAAAUUUGAUCGUGGUAGAUUAUGGGAUUUACUCCUUGGUUUUAGAUUAUCUUAUACAAAUUUUGGUGCCAAAUAUUAUGAUAAUCCAAAAUUAUUGAAAAGGUUUAAAAAAUUUUAUAAUGAUGAUGAUUUAAAAUUUGAUAAUGAAUUGGAUGUUGUUUUCAAUACAGAUUCUUUUUGGUAUAAACCAUCAACUGAUACUAAGAAUGAAUUAAAAUGGUCACAAAUUGAUUAUCAAAUUCAAUUAGUAUUUAUUUAUAUAUCAAUAUUACAAAAAAAUGAACAUAAAUUAUUAGAAUUUGAUCAAUUUGAAAUCCAGGAAUUUUUGAAUAAAGUUAAAAAUAAUGGAUAUAAGGAUAAGAAUAAUGAAAACAAUGAUUUAAGUUUAAAUGAUGAAUUUGAUAAGAUUUUGAAUGAAGCUGGUGAAUUAUGGAGAAAUUGGUUAUGGAAUGAAAUUAGAGAUGAAAUUAAUGAAUAG